AUGACUCUCUCGAUCGUAUCCCGCCGAGUCCUAACUCGAUCUUCCCUACUCCACCCGACGCGCGCCCGCGCCUUUUCAUCCUCAAUUCGCCGCACCUCAGACGAGUCGAAUCCCUCCUCCCCAUUCCGCCAGGGGCCUUCACCGCCUAGACUCCCCAAGGAAGAACAGGAGAUCUUCGAGAAGCUACAGCAGCAAUCUACCGGUGCAUUCAGCACGCCGCGCGCGACGCCACAAGUCAAUCAGUCGCCGGACUCUGAGGUGGUUAAGAUCGAGGCCAAGGGCGAUGGAGGCGAACUACAUCCUGAUACGAAGACCGGGCUAAAGCCUGAGUUUGAGGGGGAGAAGAACCCCAAGACCGGGGAGAUCGGAGGCCCAAAGAAUGAGCCGUUGCGGUGGGGGAGUGGUGGGGAUUGGAGCUAUGGGGGCCGUGUGACGGAUUUUUAG